AUGCACAGGCUCCCAGUAUUCUCGCACGCUAUUGAUCAGCAGCAGGGGCCGCCAGUUGCUGUGCCGGUGACAAUGACGACGCCGCCAAGCAUGUUCCACCCAGGGUUAUGGAGUGGAGGCGACGGAGGCAUCUACAGUGGAGGCGAAAGUCAGUUCCAUAUGAUCACGAAUCGAGAUGAGGAGUGCCCAAUUUGGGCCAUGCAAGCAGAUGUGAAUGGUUACCGCAGGUAA